AUGUGUUCAUUUUUCAGGCUCACAGCAUCCCGCCUGAGCAUAACGAUCAUCGUAAUACUACUGAAAUCAGUGGAUGGUGAGCCUCACCGGGAAAAUCAGAGCUGUGGAGGCCGGCUCAAGGGCCCCGUGGGAACAAUUCAUACCCCAAACUUCCCCAACCCGUUCCCCGUCCCCAUCAAGUGUAAAUGGAUCAUCGAGCACGACAUCGUGAACGGCACUAUAUCGAUAUACUUCACGCAGCAGUACAUCACUAGUGGGUUGACGUUUACGGAGUAUAUGUACUAUGACGACACGUACAAGUUAGGGGAGAGGCGGGCCCUCACUGUCACAGAAGAGAACAUAACUAGGAUUAAAUAUUUACAGGGCAGAGAAUAUUUCGUAACCGGAACAAUAUUAAAAGUUAAUAGGACUGGAGUCGGAAGUAAGAUAAAAGUAAAAUGA